GUGAAGGAGUAGAAUAAAGUGUGAUGGGACUAUUCAUAUUUUCACUACUUUGGUCCAUUAUAUCGUCUAUCAAUGCAAGCACUCUUCUCUUAAACAGUCUUCUUUGACUAUCAGUCAUUUUGUUCACGUCCGAUAGUAAACUCAGUAAGAACAUUUUGUUUGAAUUUUCAGUACUGUCACAGUUUUCUAGAAUUUUAGAUUGUUUAAAUUUAAAAUAAGCUGAAAUGUCUUGCUCGGCUUGAGUUUCUUCCAGCUUCUUCCGUUUUUUUUAUUAUUAUUUGUUGAUGGUGGUGGUGGUGGUAACUGUGUUUGUUCACAUAGUUCAAGAUCAUAUAAUAAUAUUCCUUUACCUUCCAAACUUCUUAAUGACCAAUCUAACUAUGAAUUUCCAUACUAUUUUAUUGGGGAUGAGGCAUUUCCCCUUCUAUCUUACUUGAUGAGACCAUAUCCCCAAAGAACCUAGAAUGACUUGAGAAGGGUAUUUAACUACAGACUAAGCCGAGGGAGGAAUACAAUUGAAUGUGCUUUUGGGAUGAUGGCUGAAAAAAUUCAAGUAUUAAGUACUGCUAUAAGAUGUCAUACAAUAGAAAAAGUAUCAAAUAUAAUAAAAGCAGUGUGUAUUUUACACAACUAUGUUCGAAAACGUGAGGGUAUUCCAUAUAGUCCAAGGGAGUUUAUACAAAACAGAUCGGUCACUAUUCCCGUUACAACGACAAUACAACCUCAUAAUAUAGAAAUAACGGCAAAUAUGUCACCACAUAAUCAACGAAAUUAUUUAGCAAACUACUUUAUAUCUGAGCAAGGUUCAUUGCCUUGGCAAUACCAAUCCUGUUUGCAGAAUACAAUGUAACAUUGAUAAUAAUAAACUAUGUAUGUGUACAAAAAAAACCAACCUGUUAUUUGAAAUUUGUUCCCAAUUUCUGCCCAAGUCUUGUCUAUUAUAUUUUUUCGCAUGUAUUCAGGUAGUUUGUAGUUAUAUAAACAAGCAUGUUUUUCAAUUUCUUGUACAAACUUAAUAUUUGUUUUUCGCUCCGCCGCCAUCUUGUCGAAACGCGCGAGACGCGACGCACAAGCGACCAACACGGCGGGUAUCGCGAGACUAGUCGCGAACGCGUAGAAUACCAGUAUCGUAAUGUGAGAGUGUCCAUAUAAAUGUAUGUGAGAUACUUCGCGGCGACUAGUCUCCGAGACUAGAGUCGCGCGGGCGUAUCGUAAUGGGAGAAGGGCCUAAGGCUACCGGAUGAUAUCCUGACUUAAUAUAGCACCUAAUGACAUGUCUCAAGCUGCAGACGUUUGGUUUUAAACCAUCUUUAUUUAAAACAUGACCCAAACAUUCAAUUGCUUGUUUCAUUAAAACACACUUGUUUGGGUUUAACUUUAAAUUAGCUUUUCGUAAAGCUUCGAAAACUUGUUGAAACCUAUUAAUAUGGUCCGGUUUAUUUUUUAAAUAAAUUAUAAUAUCGUCUCAAGAAAGAAAAUUGAAUUAUUCAUCAUCCGUUGGAAAGUCUCAGGUACAUUCUUUAAACCAAAAAUAACCGACAACCCUCUUUCUCCUACCGGCGUGUAAUAAAAUAGCACCAAGACCAAUAGCUAUUGCAUCGGUGUGAAGUUCCGUAGGCAACUGGGGAAUGAAUAUCUCUAAAACCGGUUCAUUUGUCAAACUGUGAAUUAUAUAAUCGCGAGAAGUAUCCUGCUCAGCACCCCAUAAAAAUGGUUCCCCUUUUUUAACAACUUUGCUAUAUACACCGUCUUAGAAGCAUAACCUGAUAUAUAGCGACGGAAAUAUCUCGCUAAGCUUAGAAACUGGCAAACCUCCUUGACUGGGUUUUGGAGAUCUAAUAAGUGCAUCGACCUUCCCCGGACUCGGCCUAACCUGACCAUGACCAAUCAAUCGCCCCAAGUAUUCAAUUUCCGAGUCAAUAAUAGGGUCCUGACACUUUCAUCGUUGACCGCGACCACAUGCUGCAAAGUCGGCUCAAUACCAGACCUCACAAGCCGCUGUUCUCCAUUAGUUCGAAUGUAUGUCAAAACCUUUUGAUUCAUCACGGCGGUACCAAUCAAAAUGAGUGCAUUUAUGCACCGGAAGGAACAACGAAUAAAUCUAUUUCCAAUGAAACUUCAGGAAAUUCUAUAACUGUCGUAAUUAAAGAAGUCGACUCAAUUUCUUGUAUUCCAAUUCCACGUAUCAAGCGUGUCAUCACUGGCACUUUAUUAUUAAGUUGCUAGAUUCCACCCGGAUAAAAAUACAUAGCUUGCAAGUUAAUAGAAAGCUUGUAAAAAUUUAUAUGUGAAUUUAUAUUUGUGUGUUCUAACCUUCCUACAAAUAUUUCAAAAGCAAAAUCAGCUAAAUCUUUAAAACCGUCAUUUUGAGUUAAUUAACAGUUGUAGUUUAAAAAUCUGUAUAAUAAUUACCAGAGCCAGUGAUUUGGCUUAUAUAUAUUCUCCAUUUUUCUUUUCGGUACGAUGAUAGGAGCACAGUCAUUUUUUUCUUUAAUUCCGGCUUAGGGACUCCCAUUUCACUACUGAUUUCUCUCCAAGCAUCUUCUCUAAGCGAUUUAUUAUGAUACGAAGAACUUUUGCUAUUCCACGGUAGUUCUUUUGUACCAUACAGUUGUAUUAAUUUACGGCAACUUUGGUUAUCCAUAAUUGGGAGAGCAACAAACACAAAAAAAAUACGAUAUGUCCGUCCCAACUGGCGCGCGCGCCACGACUGAAGGUCGAUUUAUAUCUACAGACAUUAGCGGCCUUCACACGUGCAGUUCGGAAUGGCAUUUCUGGAACUGCGCACCAAUGUGCAGAUAAAUCUGUGCAGACUAGACCGCGCGCUGAUCUGUGCUUCUACUUUACGCUUCAAUUGUAAUAACAGUUUGAACCGCAGUUCAGUUAUUUCGCUUUCCUGCAGAUAAAACUGUACGUAUAAAUGCUUUUCGAGAGUUUAGAUCGCAGUAUGGAAUGGCGCGUGGAAUGUCGACCAAUUUUAAAAGUUUUCUUUCAGUUUUAACCGGUACAGUAGAAAUGGAUACACGUCUAGUGAUCGCGUUAGCUGGUUUUGUGGUUGGUUUUAAUAAUCUAAAAAGGAGACGUGUAUGGGUUAAGAAAUAUAGACGAAAAUUUGGACAUUUACCCAUGUUAAAAGAAAUACGAGAAAACUAUCCAGAAGAUUUUAAAAAUUACCUACGGAUGGACGGCGAUAAUUUUGAUUGCUUAUUGGAACUUAUCCGUCACAGAAUUACUAAGCAAGAUACAGUUAUGAGAAAAUGCAUAACACCAGAAGAACGUCUUUCCGCAACAUUAAGAUAUCUGGCAACUGGACGUUCAUUUGAAGAUUUAAAAUUUUCUUCUGGAAUUUCUACAUCAGCUCUAAGCAAGAUAAUACCGGAAACGUGUAAAGCGAUUUACGAAACGUUGAGGAAAGAUUACAUGAGGUUUCCUACAAGCAAAGAAGAAUGGCUGGAAAUUGCUAAAGGUUUCCAUGAUAAUUGGAACUUUGUUAACUGUGGAGGCGCACUGGACGGAAAACAUAUAAGAAUUAUUCCUCCUGCCAAUUCUGGAGCAAAAUAUUACAAUUAUAAGAACUUUUAUAGUAUGGUUUUAAUGGCUCUGGUAGACUCAAACUAUGAGUAUAUUUUUGUUGACGUUGGUAGAAAUGGCAGGAUGUCCGAUGGGGGUGUUAUUGAAUACACAACCUUUUACAACAAAUUAUUAAGAGGACAAUUAAAUUUACCCGAGAGAAGCGAGAAUGUUCAUUAUUUAAAUUACGUUUUCAUUGGUGAUGAAGGUUUUGCAUUGAAUGAAAACCUUUUGACCCCCUACCCGCAAAGAGAACUUGAUCAUGAAAAACGAAUCUUCAAUUACAGACUCUCACGUGCUCGUAAUGUUGUUGAAAAUACUUUUGGCAUAAUUGCCUCUAGAUUUCAGAUACUACGUACACCUAUUAACAUGAAACCAGAAAAUAUAUGUUACAUAGUAAUAGCAAUAUGUAGUAUUCAUAAUUUUUUAAGAAAGAGAAGUAAUUUUUAUAUGUCAGCAUCAACCGUGGACACAGAAAAUAUUGAAUCGAGUACUGUUUUAGACGGAGAUUGGCGCCAAAACAGCUCUGAACUAACUCCAUUGGACAGAUAUUCGGCCAGAAAUGUGCCUUCCUUAGCUAAAUAGAGUAGAGAUGAAUACAAAACAUAUUUCAAUACAAUAGGUAAGGUUUCUUGGCAAGAAACUAUGAUAAACGCUGGUAGAUCAUAGCUGUUAAUAUGGACAAACCUUUAAUUUUUAUGUAAUAAUCAUUUAAUUUAAUUUUAAAAUGAUAAUAAUCACUUACUUAUACGUAAUAAAAAGGUUUUCUGUGAAAAA